AUGCCGGGGUUGUGCAACCAGCCGUGUGUCCCAGCUUCGCCCUUCUCCCCGGAAACAUCCACGGGCACCUCCCCAGGGCUGCGGCUGCGGGGGACCGCGGGCUCUCCUUUGCUGCCCCCCAUUACCCCAUGGCAGCCCCCCAACCCCUCUCCCCCCCAGCAUGAGCUCCAGCACAGCUCCCCAGAUCCACCCCAUCUGCCCCCUCCCACAAGCCUCUGA